CUCACCCUUUACUUUUUCCGGGUACCCGUGAGUCAGUGCGGGAGGGCCGCUCUCACUCUGGCUGAUUGCUCUUUGAUCUGGGUCUACUGGAUGAAUUUGGCUGAAAGAUGAAGCACAGCAGGUUUCUGGCUGCCCUGAUCCUGGCUGCCCUUCUCCCCCAAGUAAGCUUCUCUGAGAUGACCGUGGAAGAACAUGAGGAUAAAGUGAUUUUGAAUUGCAAUGGCAACAUCACGGUCUUAGAGGGAACAAACGGAAAACUGUUGUCAGACAAUAAAAGUAUGGACCUGGGAAAAGGCCUCCUGGACCCACGAGGACUGUACCAGUGUUACGAGAAGGCUGAUGAUAAAGACAGCAAAACAUAUACUUUGGAAGUAUACUUUCGCACUGCUGACACUCAAGCUCUGUUCAAGAAUGACCAGCUCUACCAGCCCCUCAGAAAUCGGGAUGAUGCUCAGUACAGCCGUCUUGGAGGAAACUGGCCUCGGAACAAGUGAACCUGAGACUGGUGGCUUACAAGAGCAUCACUUAUCAACUGUACUUUCUCAGCCAAUAAAAAUGUCUGCUUUCACUCAACAGGUUUCUGGGUUUUUCAAGACUCCUGGGCAAGAGAUAGGAGUUGGCCUGACUUGGCUAGGACUUUGUGCUCUCUGUCCACCUUGCCCACCUCUGUCUUUCUUUCAUCUCUUUCCUUCCUCUGCCCUGCAUGGACAAAACGUGGCCCGCAGGCUCCCUACUCUUCUGACCUACUGGGUCCUGUGGGUGGAAGUUCAAGGCUGUGCCCCAUUACACUCCCUCAACUGCUUGUUGACUCCGGUCCUCUAUAGCAACCCUUCCAGGGUGUCAGCUGCCUCACCACAGCUGAGGGAAGGCGGCUGAGUUCAGGAGUCCAGCUACACAGAAACUGUGGGGUUUCCAUGACAUCAUGCGUGGGGGUGGCAGAGACAUCAAAGGGCCCUGGGACUCACUUCUUGUCAAGACUUGAAAGGAUGUGUGUAUGACAAAGUCUCACUGCUGCUGAGGGACUUGCCUUGGCUUUGAGUGGUUGUCACUAGCUAUGAGGAGUCUCAGUUGAGGACCCUUCAGCACUCCCUUUCCCCCUGUAUGACCAGCCACCACCAAGUCGAUGCCAAUUCAUGGUGACCCCUUGUGUGUCAGAGUAGAACUGUGCUCCACAGGGUUUUCAGUGGCUGAUUUUUCAGAAGUGGGUUGCCAGACCUUUCUUCUGAGGUGCCUCUGGGCAGACUCAGACCUCCAACCUUUCAGUUAGCAGCCAAGCAGGUUAACUGUUUGUAACACCCAGGUACCUUUGUAUUGAAGGUACCUUUUUACUCUUCUCUUCCCCAGGACCUGUCCCUGCCCUGUCCCUGCCUUCUGCACAAUAAACUGGAUCAGAAACUGUUCAUCAAUUAAAGCUCAUUAUCCCUCUCCCCCGACUUGGGAAGCUGGGGUUAGAGACUAGGUGGGAACUUGGACAAUUUGAAACAGAUGUUGGCUUCAGGAAAUGGGUUAGCUGUCAUUCUGAAACUUUGGGAGUCUCAGGGACUUUUCCAAAUUAUAGAUAGUGGGGCCCUACUCUAGGCAUAUGCUCCCCAGGUGAUUCUGAAGUAGUCCAGAUUUAGAGAACCUUUGGUUUAAAAGAAGAACCGAGGCCACUUACUCUCCUGUGUCCUUUAUGCUCCAUUCCUGGCUUCCCAUAGCUGGGAAUACCCCCUUCCGUUCUCUGAAUACAGAAUAAUUUAAGGAACUUCAGGACAGUUUAAUGACAGCGGGAAUUUCCUAGACCAUGGUCCAGGUACCUCCCAAAGGAGAAGCAAAUUAACAACCACAUGGCCUGAGACCUGGAUGAUUCUGCCCACCAUCUCCUCAAGACACAAGAUGCUAAUUUUGUUAGAGACAGAACGAACUUCCAAUUUACACAUGCUCCAUUCCCCGGUUCUGAUUUAUUCCUACCCAUUAUCUACCUAGUACUGUAGCCCUUCUAACCCUGGAUCCUGCUUUCACAUUGGAUCCCACUACCAUGGGCAUCCUUUCCAUGGCCAGUAUUUCACUAAUACUUUGUAUCCUUCCUAUACCCUGCACAUAUGUGUAUGUGGAUAUAUGGAUAUAUGGAUAUGGUAAGGUGUAGGUGUAUGUGCCUUCUGCCUUGUAUUCCUCAUAUAUGCCACACGUUCUCUUUCAUCCCCUGUGCGCUGAGUGUCAGUGUUGGCUGCUCAUUGGAAUCUCCUGGGGAGCGGAUGCUGAUGCCAUCCCCAGAAACUCUGAUUUUGUUGGUCUGGGGUGCAGCUUGGACACUGGAGUUUUUAAAACUGCCUCAGGGGAUUCUAAUGUGAAGCCAAGGGUGAGGAUCACGGCCCUCCACCUCAGCCCUUCCUGAACCCGUGUUGCUUCUGUUCUCUUUUGUUGUGCUUUUAAGCAACAGCUUUAUUGAAGUUUAACUGACGUAAAUAAAUUGCAUUUAUUUAAAACAAUUGGAGAAGUUUUGACAAUAUAUGCACUUGUGAAAUAUCACCACAGUCAAGAUAAUGAACAUAUCCAACAUCCCCCAAAGUUUCCUCGUAUGCCUUUGCAAUCCCUCCCUCCUACCACAUCUCCCUCCCCUACCCCCUUCCCAGGUAACCACUGACCUGUCAUUAUAGACUCAUUUUCAUUUUUUUUAGAAUUUUACGUAAAUAAAAUAUUGUACUAUGUACUUUUUUGGGGGGUCUAGCUUCUUUCACUCAGCAUAAUCGUUUUGAGAUUCAUCCAUCUUGUUGCACGUAUCAGUGGCUCCUUUCUUUUUAUCGGUCAAUGGUAUUCCUCUGUGUAGCUAUGCCACAAUUUGUCACUCAUUCACUUGUGAUAGUCUUUUAUGUUGUCUCCUGUUUUGGGCUAUUACAAAUAAAGCUGCUAUAAAUGCUUAUACAUAAGUCACUGUGUGGACAUUUCUUCUGGGUGAAUAGCCAGAAGUAGAAUGGCUGGGAUAUACGAUAGGUAUAUGUUCAACUUUUUAAGAAAAUUGUUUUGGCUACUAUAGGUCCUUUGCGCCGUCACAUGAAUUUUAAAGUUGGCUGCUCAGUUACUUCACAAAAGCCUUCUGGGAUUUUGAACAGGAUUUCAUUGAAUUUAUAGAUCAGUUUGGGGAGAACUGACGUCUUAAC